AUGGCGGGGCUGGAGCUGCUGUCGGACCAGGGCUACCGGGUGGACGGGCGGCGCGCCGGGGAGCUGCGCAAGAUCCAGGCGCGGAUGGGCGUGUUCGCGCAGGCCGACGGCUCGGCCUACAUCGAGCAGGGCAACACCAAGGCGCUGGCGGUGGUCUACGGGCCGCACGAGAUCCGCGGCUCCAGGGCGCGAGCCCUGCCCGACCGGGCCCUCGUGAACUGCCAGUACAGCUCCGCCACCUUCAGCACCGGCGAGCGCAAGCGGCGGCCUCACGGGGACCGCAAGUCCUGCGAGAUGGGCCUGCAGCUCCGCCAGACCUUCGAGGCCGCGGUCCUCACGCAGCUGCACCCGCGCUCCCAGAUCGACAUCUACGUGCAGGUGCUGCAGGCGGAUGGUGGCACCUAUGCAGCCUGUGUCAACGCAGCCACGCUGGCCGUGCUGGACGCCGGGAUACCCAUGCGGGACUUCGUGUGCGCCUGCUCAGCCGGCUUUGUGGAUGGCACGGCCCUGGCGGACCUCAGCCACGUGGAAGAGGCUGCUGGCGGCCCCCAGCUGGCCCUCGCCCUGCUGCCGGCCUCGGGCCAGAUCGCACUGCUUGAAAUGGACGCCAGGCUGCACGAGGACCACCUGGAGCGCGUGCUGGAGGCCGCGGCCCGCGCCGCCAGAGACGUGCACACCGUGCUGGACCGCGUGGUCCGCCAACACGUGCGCGAGGCGUCUGUCUUGUUGGGGGACUGAGCGCGGGCACCCGCACCCGAAAUAAAACCGGCAGGUCCUCCGCGCUCCCAGAGCUCGUGCGUGCCGGUGCGGCUCCUGGGGGACGGGCUCCGUGCACACUG